ACAGACCCUAGAAUGAAGGUUAGUAAGGCUGAGUUUGUUUGAAGUGGUUUUUUCUUGGUUAUGAACCAGCCUCUAGGAAGCGUUGUGGCCGUGGAGAUUGGAAUCCUAGGAACAUAGGCUUCUAUACCAAACUUCAAAACUGAAUAUUCGAAGGUGAAAUUGAACUGAGGAACAGCCUACUCUUGAGCAUCCUGGGAGAAUUUAGCAAAGUGAGAAGAUCUUCAAUGACAGAAGAGUACCGUGUCCCUGAUGGCAUGGUGGGACUAAAGUAAGACUUCCUUCUGCAACCAGAAAACCCCACAAACCUUUCCUGAAAAAAAUCCUGGCUAGCUCCCUGGCGGUGACCAUCUCCCAGACUCUCAUCAACCCCAUGGAGAUGAGGAAACUGAGGGUCAGCAAGAUGAAGGCACUCACCCAGAAGAGCACAGCUGGGUUUGAGUCAAACAAUCCCAGUGGGACCGUUGGCCUGUUGUCCAUCACACUGUCCAGCAACUGUGGCCAGAUGGCCAGCUACACCCUGACACUGGUGUGGACGAGAAUGCAGGCUCAAGACACCGUGAAGGGCUCAAAUCCCACUGUGAAUGUUGUCUUUGCAAAGAUCCUAGCGCAGCAGGGCAUGUCUGGUCUGUACCGGGGGGUGACUCCCACCCUCCUGAAGGUGCUGCUAGCAGUGGGCAUCAGCUAUAUGGUUUAUGAAGCCAUGAAGAGUGCUCUGGGGGUAGUUAAGUAGCCUUCCUUCUUGUCUGGAGGGUUAGAAGACCAGAGAGCCCCCAGCAGGCGCUGGGGAGGAUUUGAAGGGUCAGGACAGUAAAAAUGGUCAUAAAGGAGUGAAGUCA